GUUCACCAAAGAUCACCCACCGUGACAGCGCCUGGACAGCCCCCCCAUCCACUGACCGGGGGCUAUCCAUCCACACCGACGACACAAGCCAGAGACAACAACAACAACAACAUGCAUCGACGACGACAAGGUCUUUCUCCUAGCUUCACAUCUCCGAUCCAUUGCGCUUUCUGUCGCCAAUAGCCAAAGAAUUCUCGCGACCGUAUUUCGCCAAUUUUCAGUCGCACAAUCCAAUUCCUCGCUACGCGCGCGUCUCUCGUAUUCCGUCUUGCGCCCAGCAAUCAGUCCGUCGCUCUUGUGACUGGGAAUUGAUCACACACCACUGCACCAUCCGCGACCAUCCAGACCGAACAUUCGAGUUCAAAACCAUUCAAGACACACAAACUCGCCAUGGCAUCUUCACAGCGCACGAUACAAUACACCAUCCCCGGGAGGGAAGACUUUAACAAACUGUCCGACGAGCAGAAAACGCGAGUUGGCGAAGCUUUCGACCUCUUCGACUCCAACAAAGACGGCCUCCUCUCCUACGAAGAAUUCCGCUUCGUCCUCCGCGCCCUCGGCUUCGAGCUGCCCAAAGCACAGACUUUCGACUUGUUGAUCCGCCACGGCCAAAAGCCCGCCAACUGGCCGCUUGACCAGGAGUGUCCGCCCGUCUACCGGCUCUUCAACCUACCGACGGCGCAGGCGAUUGCGGGGACACUAAUUCGGCAGCGCGACCCCAAGGAGGAGCUCCGUCGCGCGUUCAGGCUGUUCGAUAUAGACGGCAAGGGCAUGAUCACGCAGGACGAUCUGAGGAGGGUGAGCAAGCAGGUGGGGAAUAACAUACCGGAUGCGGAUAUCACGGCCAUGAUUGAAGAGUUUGAUGCGAGUGGGAAGGGGGGAGUGGACGAGGAUGAGUUUUUGAGGUUGAUGAUGAGUAAGAAAUGAAGCGGGCAAAGAAGAAGGAUGAAAGAAGACGAAAGAGGUGGUGCUUUUUUGGCAGAUAAAAGUCAUGUGGAAUGGUUAGAUGAUACCCGAAUGGAGGCAUGAUGGACAAUGAAUAUUUUUGUUUGGUUCUUUUUUUGGGACCGGUCUUUUCACGCGGUGAUCUGUGGUUGAAGGACAGGGGAACGGGGAGGGGAUGGGACUGAUGAUAGGGUCGCAGGUACCGGACGCUCAACGUCUUGUUCGAUCCCGAAAGGUCAGUCUCGCCCUCUCACUUCUUUCAUCUAUGUCUUGUGGCUUCCUGUUGCCAGCCACCCACAUCCGAGCAGCAUUCGACACGGCGCAAUCAACCGAUCUGCGGUAUCUUCGAUGAGCUCAUUGCCAAUUGCCCUUCCGGUUGACUCACACAUUCGGUUCCUUGCGCUAGAGCAGGAGUCGAAGCGCCAUAGUACAGCAUGAAGUUAGUAGCCAAGGUCCUCAUGGCCCCCAGUUGACGUUCACUUACAUGACGAGGACAGGAGCUUUGCAACUCGAACACUG